AAGAGCUACAAGAGCCUCCAGCAAUCAGACCAUUAGAUCCAGAUUUCGAACAAGAAAUCUUUGCUGAAGAGCCACCACGAUGGCUCUUGGACAAUGCAGAAAACGGAAAUCAACCGAUUGUGGUAAAUGAGGAAAUCGAAGGAUAUUCUUCGCCUGAUGAGAAUGAACACAACCCGGAUGAUCUGAUAGCCAAUGAUCUGGAAGAGGUUGUUGAAGAAGCUCCCCAGCUCAGAAAUAUUGAAGAUGACCCGGUCGAACUCAUGGCUAAUGAUUUGGAGGAGGUUGUAGAAGAGGCUCCCCAGCCCAGAAAUAUCGAAAAUCAACCAAUCGUGAUAGACGAGGAGUUUGAAGCGUAUUCGACGCCCGGCGAUAAUGAAGAUGACCCGGAUGAACUCAUAGCCGAUGGUUCAGCAGCCAUAGAAGAAGCUCCCCAGCCCAGAAAUAUUGCGGUAGGUGCUAUCCGAAGACAAAGCAAUUCGGUGAUUCGUAAUGAGUUUGUUGUAGGCCCUGCAUCGGAGCCAAAUUCGGCGAGACAAAAAAGAAAUAAGCGUCGGAAAGCGAUGAGAAAAAGAGCGGUGGCACGUCGAUUUGCCGAACGGAGGGAGGAAUCUGCUGAAACACAAGAGCAGGAGGAACGGAGGGAGGAAUCUGCUGAAACACAAGAGCAGGAGGAACGGAGGGAGGAAUCUGCUGAAACACAAGAGCAGGAGGAACGGAGAGAGGAAUCUGCUGAAACACAAGAGCAGGAGGAACCUCAAGAAGCCGAGAACCGUCGACAUAGCGAGGAGAAUAAUGACAUGUUUGCAAAAACGGAUUGUUCGUUUCGAGAUUCGUGCAAGGUGUGCUUAUUGGCGAAAGCGACGCACCUCUACCUGCCCUGUGGGCAUUGCUGUUGUUGUUCCGACUGUGCAGAAGUCUUAUGGAACCAAUUUUUAGAAAGACGGUGUCCAAUAUGUCGGACACGGGCAUCCGAAGCUCCUCGAAGAAUAUUCCAACCGUCAGAAUUUUGAAAAAAAUGAAUAAAUAAAUGAAAAAAAUAUAUCUACAUAAUAUUUCUACAUAGAAGGAAAUUAUAUUACAAGUAA